AACUUACCAUUUACAAUGACCAAGUCCGAGAUACCCGAGGCUAUUUAUCAAAAUAUAAAUACUAAAGAUAAUGAAGGAUGUCUAGAUCUGAAGACACAUAGACAGAAACACCAGCCACCUCAACUCACAGGAAGCAUCUCAGUGAAGAGCAGAAAGCUGAGAGCACUUGAAGUGUGUUUGGGAUUGUUGUGUGCUCUUCUGCUAACGGCUGUUAUAGUGCUCUGUGUGUAUUUCAGCAUUCAGAGAAAACACUUACUAACACACAUCACUGAACUCAAUGAAGAUCGAGAGCAGUUGCUGAAUCAAAACAAUGACCUGACUGAAGAAAGAGAGCAGAUACUGAAACACAACGAUGACCUGACUGAAGAAAGAAAGCAGUUACUUACUAAUAUCACAAACCUCAAUAGAGAAAGAGAGCGGUUACUGAACCACAUCGAAAACCUGACUAAAGAAAGGGAGCAGUUAAGGAAUGACAAGUGGAAAAUGUGGCCAUAUGAACAAGAUCUGCCUGUUGAUAAGUUUAAAUGGAUUUGCUACAACAACAGUUUCUAUUUUAUUUCAUCUGAGAUGAAGAGCUGGAGUGACAGCAGACGAGACUGUCAACAGAGAAAAGCAGAUCUGGCCAUCAUAAAGAGCACAGAGGAAAAAACAUUUUUCCAGAAAGUUGUUGACAGAAAUUUUUGGAUUGGUCUGACAAAGACAGAUGUGUGGAAAUGGCUUGAUGGCACUGUAUUGACUAAUGGGUCCAAGACUGACAGCUCUAACUGUGCUGUAGUGGCUGAAGGAGGGUAUUAUACUUCCGCCUGUAAUUCUAACAACGGAUGGAUCUGUGAGAAGACUCAUCAUUAUUAAUCACUCAAUAUUAAAAGAUAAUACAGUAAAUUAACUGAAGGAUUUUUAACAGCUACACUUAUUGUAAAUCAGUUUGAAAGUUGUAUUGUACUAACCUUCGUUUUUUUCUUGUAAUAAGAGUUUUUGUUAAUUUAGAUGGUUAUAUGGUCAAAAAAAUCCCAGUCUCACAUAUUUAAUUUACUAUAUUAUUUUCCUGAAAGCCAAAAUGCUAAAUGUUAUGUAUGUCUAUUUAGUGAGUACUGUUACUGUAUGUACACAGUGGUCAAAAUGACAAUUUCUACCCAAGAUUUUUUUUUUACACAGAGAUUGGAAAGUAUAUUGGUUGAAUCUGUGGAUUUAUGGGAUCUUUGCUGCUUUAUAAGCCAAUAAGCGGUCACUCAAUGGUGAAAAAGUGUUGGGUGUUCCCUGACAUUUGCAUGCUUGUAACUCAACAAGAUCCCAUAUACUAUAUCUCAAAAGCCUUUUAAAUUUUGGUUCUCAACAAACUUUUCUUUCGGUAUCUUAAUUUUUGAAGUGCUGUAUGGUUCAUUUGCAGAGAUAUUCAGAUUUCCAUCUGGCUCCAUUAUUUUAGCAGAAGAACAAAUAAUGUUGAAAUGUCUCUUUUCUUUCUACCAAAACAGCUGCAUUGAGAAAACCUGUAGUGCCUGUAAUGUUUUAACAAAAAAAGUAUACAUGCCUAUAUCUUGAUAAGUGUUGAUAUCAUUUCAA